CAGCUAAUUUUAAGUGCUGAAUCUCAUUCCCAGUAGACUUCCGUGGUCAUGCAUCUCAAGUAAAUAGGGCAUAUUGAGCUGAAAUAACGCCCAAGAAGGUUGACAAUCGACAUUUCUGGUGCUUGCAACGAUCCAAAGAAAGAUGCCAGACCUUUCAUAGCGGGGAACUCGAGCUUGAUGGCGAAGACAAUGCAACACUUCCUCGGCGAACCAUUGGCACAUCUAAGUGCGGCCUCUGUCGCCACCCCAACCCCGCGAGCACGCCAUCAACGAAUGUCUCUUUGGUUUCUGCUUGUUUUUACCCGGCCUUCUUGGCGCUGCAGACCCUCCCAGCCUCUCCCACGCCGCUCCACAGCGGUCCUGGGGUCCCCCCAGGCUCCCCGGGACGCUCCAACUGCAAACUCUGAACUCCAACACUGGAGGGAACGCCAAGAUCGUUUAGGUAUGGGCCACCUUCAGAGCCUUAUAGCAACCUUCCGUGACUGGAAGGCAGUUGACUCGGUCCUCGGGCACUCUCGCUGCGCCGAGACAGUCUAGAUGAUUACGUCCUCUUGGCGAUGGCGCCUGUAUCACCUAUCCCAGCCUUCCAAAAACAACUCAGUACUCCGUACUGUCAGCACGAUCAGCGAG